CCUCCAACUCUUCGCAAACGCACAAACACGCAGGAACUGACAGCGGCUCCAAGUGAACUUUCUCUGCGGGAUUCCCUGCGCAGCGCUGGACCUCUGUGAGCCUCUGCAAACACUUCACACUGCAUCGCUGCUGCUGAUCGCGACCUAAAUCACAACACGAUGGGAAAAGCGAACGUGUGUCUGAAACGGAGUUACAUCACCGUCACAAGUCUGAUAUUGAUCGUCUGUGCACUGCUGUUGGCUGUCACUCUCUUUAGCCAUGGAUACAUUCACGGAAAUGAAAAGCUAGAUGUACCGCUCACAAACCUUAGUGGCACAUACAUUUUUUCCAUCAUAACUCUGACUGCAACCAUCUUUGGUCUGUAUGGUGCCUGCAAAGAGAAGAAGUGGGCACUUAUAGUGUUUGCAGUUAUAAUGAUCCUGAGCAGUCUGGCCAUUGUUGCAAAUAUAAUUAUGGACCUAGCUAUGCGACCAAAGAUGCUUAAAACAGUGAAGAUGCAAUUCCGAAAUAUGCUGUCACCAAGGAAUGCUACAGAUGGUUUUGCAGACACAUUCAAGGAUAUAGAGAUGAAAUUUCAGUGUUGUGGAGUGGAUCAGGGCUACCACGACUGGGGCUACAACAUCUCAGAGUCCUGCGUGUGCACUGAUGAGACAACUAAUCCAUGUGUGGAAGCUCCAAGAAACAGCAGUCUGUAUGAGCACAGAGUCAAUGACCAGCCCAUCAUGAUUUAUGAAGAGGCAUGCUUUCCAUACAUGAUAGCUGAUUUGUUGAAGAUCCUGGACAUUGUAAGGGCCGUAAAUGUGUUAGUCGCAUUAGUCUGGAUAUCGUCAGUGGUGCUGUGUAUUACCAUCUUGUGUCAGCUGGGGAGAAAGAAAGACAGUCCUGCAGUGGUCUACAGUCAAGAGGCAAAAGCAGGCAACUACACCAUUCUGUUAGACCCGUCUGAGAAGGCCUGAUGCUUUGGUGUAUUACAAGUCGCUUCCAAAAAGUGACAUUGCAUAAAAAAUGUGAACAUAUUGAUUUCUUUCUUCCUGUUGGGAUACUUUUUUCCCCCACAGAACUUCAUUCAUUUCUGUCUUCCCUGAAGAUAAAUGUUUUACAAUGGGGAAAACUGUUGGUGAUGGAUACAGAUAAGGCGCAUGCUGUGGAAGACAGUUUUAAUACUGAGUCUGAGAUCUUCACUGUUCUGCAACAUAAGGGAGGUCUAUAUGUCCAGCACAUCUUUUCCAAUGUCUUUAAGGGGUGUCAAAUAGUUUAAGUGUGUUAAAUAAUGAAUACAUUGAAACUUUAUGGAGGUAUCCACAUCCCAGAUUGGAAGCUUAAGUAAGUACAUUUGAUCCAAGAUGUAAGUACUUGAUAGAGAAUGCAUAUUUUAAAUAUGAAUUAAAGAAAAUAUUCCAAAUGAGUUGGUUAAAAAUAUUUAGUUUUAAAGAGAGAGAAAAAUACUGAUGAAGACACGACUGCAGAAAUAUUUACGUUAAGAAUGUAUUCGAGCUUUAAUAAGAAUGUCAGCAUUUUGUGGUUUUAUAGCUUUCUAUAAUCAUCUGUACCAUAUUCUGUCAAACUUUAUGUACAUUUUAUUUUUUUUAGCAUUAUUUCAAUGUUUUUAAUGACAUUUUAAAUAAAUAAGCUACUGGAGCACUUGCAUGCUUUCUUGUGGUACAGUUUUAUGUACAACCCUGACUCAAAACUGUUGUGCACUGUGUAAAAUGAAAAUAACAACAGAAUGCAAUGAUAUGUAAA